AAAUGGUAACCAAUUUAGACCAAAGCACACUGUUCAGGACUAGACGUUGAUAACUCUCUCUCUCUCUCUCCUUUCUUUCUCUCUCUAGAAAUGGCUCUGCAACUCUGGGAAACACUGAAGGAGGCGAUCGUGGUCUACACGGGCCUAUCUCCGGCGACCUUCUUCACACUCCUGGCUCUGCUCUUCGCCGCUUACUAUGUCCUUUCUGGGCUUUUUGGGCCGUCCGAUACCCACAACCGCCCCAGGAGCUUGGAGGAGAUGCAGCCUCUUCAGCCGCCGGUCCAGCUCGGCGAGAUCACCGCCGAGGAGCUCAAGCAGUACGACGGCUCCGAUCCCAAGAAGCCUCUGCUCAUGGCCAUCAAGUCUCAGAUCUAUGACGUGUCUCAGAGCAGGAUGUUUUAUGGACCUGGAGGUCCUUAUGCUCUAUUUGCAGGAAAAGAUGCUAGCAGGGCUCUUGCAAAAAUGUCUUUCGAAGACAAAGAUCUCACUGGUGAUACUACUGGUCUUGGUCCUUUUGAGCUUGAGGCCUUGCAAGAUUGGGAAUAUAAGUUCAUGAGCAAGUAUGUCAAGGUCGGAACCAUUAAGAGUUCAGUUCCAGAAACUCAGGAGGAAUCCACUAGUGAGGCCACCAAAGCUGCUGAAGAUGUACCAUCAGAAAUCCCAGCUGUCAAAUCUGAGGAAACCUCCUCGCCUACUGCUGAUGCCAAGCAAGAGUAGUCUCAAGAGGGGAAAAAUCAUUUCGAUGGAGUACAAUCUCUUUCUCAUAUAAGUUACAGUCUAGGAUACUCAUGUUAUUAGACUUUGUCGGAUGUUUAAUUUGUGAUAUAAUAAUGCAACAAUGUUACUUUUGUGA